AGGCUCCUCCUUGUCUCCAACAUGGCGGCGCCCAGGGGCUCAAGUCGCACGUGAGAAAGUCUGGGCAUUUGGGAAUCGGAGAGUACCGCCUGUGAGCCUCUUUCCCCUCCUUGCUGUCGGUUGCAUCCCUUCGACCCUCCCGAGGCCGUCGCGGGCCACUGCCCCUCUGCAGCCAUGAAGACAAAGCCCGUUUCCCACAAGACGGAGAACACCUACCGGUUUCUUACAUUUGCUGAACGACUGGGGAAUGUGAAUAUUGAUAUUAUUCACCGGAUUGAUAGAACUGCAAGCUAUGAGGAGGAGGUUGAAACCUACUUUUUUGAGGGUCUGCUGAAAUGGAGAGAAUUAAACCUCACGGAGCACUUUGGAAAAUUUUACAAAGAAGUUAUUGACAAAUGCCAAUCAUUCAAUCAGUUGGUCUAUCAUCAAAACGAGAUAGUUCAGAGUUUGAAGACUCACCUGCAAGUUAAGAACAGUUUUGCCUAUCAGCCCCUUUUGGAUUUGGUUGUACAGUUGGCACGAGAUCUGCAGAUGGAUUUCUACCCACACUUUCCAGAGUUUUUUUUGACUAUCACCUCGAUCCUGGAGACUCAGAACACAGAGUUGUUAGAAUGGGCUUUUACCUCGUUGUCAUAUCUUUAUAAGUACCUGUGGAGACUGAUGGUGAAGGACAUGUCCAAUAUAUACAGCAUGUACAGCACACUCCUGGCUCAUAAGAAACUACAUAUAAGGAAUUUUGCUGCUGAAAGUUUUACUUUUUUGAUGAGAAAGGUCUCUGAUAAAAAUGCACUUUUCAAUUUAAUGUUUCUUGAUCUUGAUAAACAUCCAGAAAAAGUCGAAGGUGUUGGACAGUUGCUCUUUGAAAUGUGCAAAGGAGUUAGAAAUAUGUUUCACUCCUGUACAGGCCAGGCAGUGAAGCUAAUUUUGCAAAAGCUAGGACCUGUCACUGAAACAGAAAUUCAACUACCAUGGAUGUUAAUUGGAGAAACACUCAAAAACAUGGUCAAAUCCACUGUAUCCUACAUCUCCAAGGAACAUUUUGGUACAUUUUUUGAAUGUUUGCAAGAAUCACUCUUGGAUCUACAUACAAAAGUAACAAAAACUAACUGUUGUGAAAGUUCUGAACAGAUUAAAAGGUUGUUGGAAACAUAUCUUAUACUUGUAAAACAUGGAAGUGGAACAAAGAUAACCACGCCUGCUGAUAUCUGUAAGGUGUUAUCUCAAACACUGCAAGUAGCCAGUCUCUCCACAUCUUGCUGCAAGACCCUCUUGGAUGUAAUUUCUGCUUUGAUCCUGGCUGAAAAUGUUUCCUUGCCGGAGACCCUCAUCAAAGAAACCAUAGAAAAAAUAUUUGAGAGCAGAUUUGAAAAACAUUUAAUUUUCAGUUUUUCUGAAGUCAUGUUUGCCAUGAAGCAGUUUGAGCAGCUAUUUCUACCAAGCUUUCUGUCAUAUAUUGUGAAUUGCUUCCUAAUUGAUGAUGCUGUAGUCAAAGACGCAGCUCUGGCCAUUCUGGCCAAGCUCAUUCUGAACAAAGCGGCACCUCCCACUGCUGGCUCGAUGGCAAUUGAAAAGUACCCUCUGACUUUCUCACCGCAGAUGGUGGGGUCCUAUAUAAAGCAGAAGAAGACUAGAUCCAAGGGAAGAAACAAACAGUUUCCAGUAUUGGACCAUCUUUUAUCUAUAAUUAAGUUACCCCCAAAUAAAGAUACUAUUUACCUUUCACAAUCUUGGGCAGCCCUGGUGGUGUUGCCUCAUAUUAGACCUCUUGAGAAAGAGAAGGUGAUACCACUCGUCACCUGCUUCGUAGAGGCACUCUUCAUGACUGUUGAUAAAGGAAGCUUUGGGAAAGGGAACUUAUUUGUUCUUUGUCAAGCUGUAAAUACUCUACUAAGUUUGGAAGAAUCUUCUGAACUUCUUCAUUUGGUUCCUGUGGAACAUGUGAAGAAUUUAGUAUUAACCUUUCCUCUGGAGCCAUCUGUGUUGCUGUUGGCUGAUCUCUAUUAUCAGAGAUUAUCCUUGUGUGGCUGCAAAGGGCCACUUUCCCAGGAGGCUUUAAUGGAAUUAUUUCCGAAGUUACAAGCAAACAUUUCAACUGGUGUAUCCAAGAUUCGACUUUUGACAAUAAGGAUCCUAAAUCAUUUUGAUGUCCAGCUUCCGGAAUUAAUAGAGGAUGAUGGGCUCUCAGAACGGCAGUCUGUCUUUGCUAUAUUACGCCAGGCAGAACUUGUUCCAGCAACUGUGAAUGAUUAUAGAGAGAAGCUUCUUCAUUUAAGAAAACUAAGACAUGAUGUGGUACAGGCUGCUGUCCCUGAUGGGCCGUUACAGGAGGUGCCGCUUCGUUAUUUGUUAGGCAUGCUAUAUAUUAAUUUCAGUGCACUCUGGGAUCCUGUUAUUGAACUCAUAAGUUCUCAUGCACACGAAAUGGAAAAUAAGCAAUUUUGGAAAGUCUACUAUGAGCAUCUAGAAAAAGCAGCUACACAUGCUGAGAAAGAACUGCAGAAUGAUAUGACAGAUGAGAAGUCCAUUGGAGAUGAAAGUUGGGCGCAGACCCAGGAAGGAGAUGUUGGAGCUCUUUAUCAUGAGCAGUUAGCAUUGAAAACUGACUGUCGGGAAAGACUUGACCACACCAACUUCAGAUUCCUGCUCUGGAGAGCUCUGACAAAAUUCCCAGAAAGAGUAGAGCCACGGUCCAGGGAGCUUUCCCCGCUUUUCUUGAGAUUUAUCAACAAUGAGUAUUACCCAGCAGAUCUGCAAGUUGCUCCGACUCAGGAUCUGCGGAGAAAAGGCAAAGGGAUGGUGGCAGAGGAAAUCGAAGAGGAACCUGCCGCAGGAGAUGAUGAAGAGUUGGAGGAAGAGGCAGUGCCCCAGGAUGAAUCCUCACAGAAGAAAAAGACAAGAAGAGCCGCAGCAAAGCAAUUAAUUGCUCAUUUGCAAGUUUUCUCUAAAUUUUCAAAUCCACGGGCCUUAUAUCUGGAAUCCAAAUUAUAUGAGUUAUAUCUUCAGUUGUUGUUACACCAAGAUCAAAUGGUGCAAAAAAUAACCUUGGAUUGCAUAAUGACAUAUAAACAUCCUCAUAUCCUCCCUUACAGGGAAAACUUACAAAGGUUGCUCGAAGACAGAAGCUUUAAGGAAGAGAUAGUGCAUUUUAGCAUUUCAGAAGAUAAUACUGUAGUGAAAACAGCCCACCGAGCAGAUCUAUUUCCUAUUCUGAUGAGAAUUUUGUAUGGGCGAAUGAAAAAUAAGACUGGGAGUAAAACUCAGGGGAAAUCUGCUUCAGGCACCCGCAUGGCCAUUGUCCUGCGGUUCCUGGCCGGGACCCAACCUGAGGAGAUCCAGAUAUUCUUAGACCUGCUGUUUGAACCUGUGAGACACUUCAAGAAUGGUAACUAUCAGCUACCUCUCACUCUAAUACCUGUUGUCUGCGGUGGACUUCCCACAUCUCAGGCUACAUUCCCCACGCUCCUGGGCAUCUUUCUAACAGGGUUGUUCCUCUCAACCUUGAUGGCAGUCUUUCUGCUGAAGUGCAGUUCAUUGAUGUGUGUGGCUGACCGUUGCCGUCAUACGAGCAGUAUCUGCAAAAUCUUUGGCAGGGAAGGAGAUGCCAGUGGAAGUAGCAGUGUUCGUUAUUUUAAAGGAAUCAGGGAUAAAAAUGAUGUAUAUGUAUUUUUUAAACAGAAGAUCUUUGUUUUACAGAUACAGCUGAGAUUUAUUAAUCCAUUGAAAAAUUUAAGACGUCUUGGAAUCAAAAUGGUAACUGAUAUCUUUUUGGACUGGGAAUCAUAUCAGUUUAGAACAGAAGAAAUUGAUGCUGUGUUUCAUGGUGCAGUUUGGCCCCAGAUCAGCAGGCUUGGAUCUGAGAGUCAAUAUUCUCCUACUCCUCUGCUGAAACUGAUCAGUAUCUGGAGCAGAAACGCAAGGUAUUUCCCUUUGCUGGCUAAACAGAAGCCUGGGCACCCAGAAUGUGAUAUCCUGACCAACGUUUUUGCACUUCUCUCAGCAAAGAAUCUUUCUGAUGCCACAGCUACUAUUGUAAUGGACAUAGUUGAUGACCUUCUUAACCUUCCAGAUUUCGAGCCCACAGAAUCAGUUUUGAACUUGCCGGUAACUGGAUGUGUAUACCCUGGCAUAGCAGAAAACAUAGAUGAGUCUAUCACAAUAGGAGGAAGAUUAAUUCUACCUCAUGUACCUGCAAUUCUUCAGUAUCUCAGCAAAACCACAAUAAGUGCAGAAAAGGUGAAAAAGAAAAAGAAUAGAGCACAAGUCAGUAAAGAGCUUGGCAUUCUUUCAAAGAUCAGCAAGUUUAUGAAAGACAAAGAACAAAGUUCUGUACUCAUUACGCUUCUCCUUCCAUUCCUCCACCGUGGCAAUAUUGCUGAGGAUACAGAGGUUGAUAUUCUGGUGACAGUACAAAACUUGUUAAAGCAUUGUGUGGACCCUACAAGCUUCCUCAAGCCUAUAGCAAAACUUUUCUCAGUUAUUAAGAACAAACUGUCAAGAAAAUUGCUUUGUACAGUUUUCGAGACUCUUUCUGAUUUUGAGAGUGGGUUAAAAUAUAUUACUGAUGUUGUCAAGCUUAACGCCUUCGAUCAAAGACAUCUUGAUGAUAUCAACUUUGACCUUCGCUUUGAGACUUUCCAGACGAUCACCUCUUAUAUUAAAGAAAUGCAAAUUGUGGAUGUUAACUACCUAAUUCCAGUUAUGCAUAAUUGUUUCUAUAAUCUAGAGUUAGGAGAUAUGAGUUUAAGUGAUAAUGCCAGCAUGUGCCUGAUGAGUAUCAUCAAAAAGCUAGCUGCCUUGAACGUCACAGAGAAAGACUAUAGAGAAAUUAUCCACCGUUCACUCCUGGAGAAAUUGAGGAAAGGUCUGAAGAGCCAGACAGAGAGUAUUCAACAGGAUUAUACCACGAUACUUUCCUGUUUAAUCCAAACCUUUCCAAACCAACUGGAAUUCAAAGACUUGGUACAGCUUACUCAUUACCAUGACCCAGAAAUGGACUUCUUUGAGAACAUGAAGCACAUUCAGGUAGAAGACAAUUCUGCUUUUCCUACCUAUGAAAUACUUCAAACAGUUCUGCCUCAUUUGGAAAGACGUGUUUUAACUUUCCGAAAAGGUUUAAGCUUCUCUUUCCUUAGCCUUUAUGAUCUCUUCACUUCAUAUUUACAGAGUAUUCAACAGGAUUAUACCACGAUACUUUCCUGUUUAAUCCAAACCUUUCCAAACCAACUGGAAUUCAAAGACUUGGUACAGCUUACUCAUUACCAUGACCCAGAAAUGGACUUCUUUGAGAACAUGAAGCACAUUCAGAUCCACAGAAGAGCAAGAGCCUUGAAGAAACUUGCAAAACAACUAAUGGAAGGCAAAGUUGUUCUGUCUUCUAAAUCUCUUCAGAAUUACAUCAUGCCUUAUGCCAUGACUCCAAUUUUUGAUGAGAAAAUGCUCAAGCAUGAAAAUAUAACCAUUGCUGCCACAGAGGUUAUUGGAGCCAUUUGCAAACAUCUCUCUUGGUCAGCAUAUAUGUAUUACUUGAAACAUUUCAUUCAUGUCUUACAAACGGGACAGAUCAAUCAAAAACUGGGUGUCAGUUUGCUAGUAAUAGUGUUAGAAGCAUUCCACUUUGACCACAAAACUCUUGAAGAACAAAUGGAAAAAAUUGAGAAUGAAGAAAAUGCCAUUGAAGCAAUUGAGUUACCAGAGCCUGAGGCCAUGGAAUUAGAGCACGUGGAUGAGGAAGAGAAGGAAAAUACAUGCAAGAGUUUGUCAGACCACGAACAGCCGGGAACCCCUGAUCCAGCUGACUCUGGAGGGACAUCAGCUAAAGAAUCCGAGUGUAUCACAAAGCCUGUCUCUUUCCUUCCUCAAAACAAGGAAGAAUUAGAGAGAACAAUUAAAAAUAUCCAAGGAACCAUAACCGGGGAUAUUCUACCCAGGCUACAUAAAUGCCUUGCAUCUACGACUAAAAGAGAAGAAGAACACAAGCUCAUCAAGUCAAAGGUUGUGAAUGAUGAGGAAGUGGUUCGCGUUCCAUUAGCGUUUGCCAUGGUUAAACUAAUGCAGUCCCUUCCACAAGAAGUUAUGGAAGCUAAUCUGCCAAGUAUUUUGCUGAAAGUGUGUGCCCUACUCAAGAACAGAGCCCAAGAAAUCAGAGACAUUGCACGCAGCACUCUUGCGAAGAUAAUAGAGGAUCUUGGUGUGCACUUCCUCCAAUAUGUUUUAAAAGAAUUACAGACUACCCUUGUCCGUGGAUACCAGGUCCAUGUGCUGACUUUCACUGUUCACAUGUUGCUGCAAGGCCUCACCAAUAAGCUGCAAGUCGGGGAUUUGGACUCUUGUUUGGAUAUAAUGAUUGAGAUUUUUAACCAUGAGUUGUUUGGUGCUGUUGCUGAAGAGAAGGAAGUAAAGCAGAUCCUCUCCAAAGUCAUGGAAGCACGAAGAAGCAAAAGUUACGACUCUUAUGAAAUCCUGGGCAAGUUUGUAGGAAAAGAUCAGGUUACAAAACUUAUCCUUCCCUUGAAAGAGAUCUUACAAAAUACCACGAGUUUGAAACUGGCCCGAAAAGUUCAUGAAACUUUACGCCGAAUCACAGUGGGAUUAAUCGUAAAUCAGGAAAUGACGGCUGAAUCCAUUCUAUUACUCAGUUAUGGUUUGAUCAGUGAAAAUCUUCCCCUGUUAACAGAGAAAGAAAAUGUGAUUGACAGAAAGUCCGUUUGUAGCCCAGACACCAUGAUCCACGUCUGCCAGCCCCAGAGCGUCCUACUGCUUCCCCCAACUCCAGUUUCGAGGCGUGACAGCAAAGCUGUUGCUGAGCAGGAAACCCAACAUGCACAUAUUUAUGAGCUGCUGCAUCUGAGUCUGAAGACUUCCAAGAUCAAGUCUUCAAGUGAGCAUGUCCUGGAAAUGCUGGAUCCUUUUGUGUCUCUCCUCAUAGACUGCCUGGGCUCCAUGGAUGUGAAGGUGAUCACGGGUGCUCUACAAUGCCUCAUCUGGGUCUUGAGGUUCCCGCUACCUUCCAUAGAAACAAAAGCAGAGCAGCUGACAAAACACCUCUUCCUUCUGCUGAAGGACUAUGCAAAGCUCGGGGCUGCCAGGGGCCAGAACUUCCACCUGGUGGUCAAUUGUUUCAAGUGUGUGACCAUACUUGUCAAGAAAGUCAAGUCUUACCAGAUAACUGAAAAACAGCUCCAAGUUCUACUGGCCUAUGCUGAGGAGGACAUUUAUGAUACUUCAAGACAAGCCACUGCCUUUGGUCUUCUGAAGGCAAUUUUAUCAAGGAAGCUGUUGGUCCCAGAAAUCGAUGAUGUCAUGCGGAAAGUAUCCAAGUUGGCAGUCUCUGCACAAAGUGAACCUGCCAGGGUCCAGUGCAGACAGGUUUUUCUGAAAUAUAUUCUUGACUAUCCCCUGGGUGACAAACUGAGACCAAACUUGGAAUUCAUGCUCGCUCAACUGAAUUACGAACACGAGACCGGGAGAGAGUCCACCUUGGAAAUGAUCGCCUAUCUCUUUGACACGUUCCCUCAGGGGCUGCUCCAUGAGAACUGUGGAAUGUUCUUUAUCCCUCUUUGUCUAAUGACGAUCAAUGAUGACUCUGCCACAUGCAAAAAGAUGGCAUCCAUGACCAUCAAGUCCCUACUUGGUAAAAUCAGCCUCGAGAAAAAAGACUGGCUGUUUGAUAUGGUUACCACUUGGUUUGGAGCAAAAAAGCGCUUAAAUAGACAGCUUGCUGCCCUGAUCUGUGGCUUGUUUGUGGAAAGUGAAGGAGUUGAUUUUGAGAAAAGACUUGGAACGGUCCUUCCUGUGAUUGAAAAGGAAAUUGAUCCUGAAAACUUUAAAGAUAUCAUGGAGGAAACUGAAGAAAAAGCUGCAGAUCGCCUUCUGUUUAAUUUUCUUACACUGAUAACUAAACUUAUCAAGGAAUGUAAUAUUAUUCAGUUUACCAAACCCGCUGAGACUUUGAGUAAAAUCUGGAGUCAUGUGCACUCUCACCUGAGACAUCCACACAACUGGGUGUGGCUCACAGCAGCCCAGAUUUUUGGAUUACUCUUUGCCUCUUGCCAGCCAGAGGAGCUUAUUCAAAAAUGGAAUACCAAAAAGACUAAAAGAAACCUCCCAGAACCUGUAGCAAUCAAGUUCCUAGCCAGUGACCUUGACCAAAAGAUGAAAAGUAUCUCUCUCGCCUCUUGCCAUCAAUUGCAUUCCAAAUUCUUGGAUCAGUCUCUAGGAGAACAGGUUGUUAAGAAUUUGUUGUUCAUAGCCAAAGUCUUGUAUUUACUGGAACCUUAUUGUGAGGAUAAGCAAAGUAAGAUAAAAGAAGACCUGGAAGAACAAGAAGCUUUAGGAGAUGGCGUGGCCUGUGCAGAUGAGAAGGCAGAGUCUGACGGAGAAGAGAAGGAAGAGGUGAAGGAAGAGCUUGGCAGGCCGGCCAUGCUGCUGUGGUUGAUCCAGAAGCUGUCCCGGAUCGCAAAACUGGAAGCUGCUUAUUCACCGAGAAACCUCUUAAAGAGAACAUGCAUCUUUAAGUUCCUCGGUGCUGUAGCAAUGGAUCUUGGGAUAGACAAGGUAAAGCCAUAUCUCCCAAUGAUCAUAGCUCCUUUGUUUCGAGAACUGAACAGCACCUACUCAGAGCAAGAUCCUUUGCUGAAGAAUCUAUCCCAGGAAAUCAUAGAAUUACUCAAAAAGCUGGUUGGGCUUGAGAGCUUCUCAUUAGCCUUUGCCUCUGUACAGAAACAGGCUAAUGAGAAAAGGGCACUCCGGAAAAAGAGGAAGGCCCUGGAGUUUGUGACUAAUCCUGAUAUUGCUGCCAAGAAAAAAAUGAAGAAACACAAAAAUAAAAGUGAAGCAAAGAAGAGAAAGAUAGAGUUCCUGCGUCCAGGCUAUAAGGCCAAGAGACAAAAAAGUCACAGCCUGAAAGAUUUAGCAAUGGUGGAAUAAUGUCUCCCUGUGCUGAUACAAGCAUGAACUUUCUGGAAUAUUCUUCUAGUCUGAAAUUACAGCAGGCUGGUGGGGGGUUUUUUUUCAAGACAAGGUCUCACUCUGUCACCCAGGGUGGAGUGCAGUGAUGAGAUCACAGCUCACCGCAGCCUCCACCUGGGUUCAAGUGGUCCUAUCACCUCAGCCUCCCAAGUAGCUGUGGCCCCCAGGCACACACCACUAUGCCCGGCAAAUUUUUUGUAUUUUUAUAGAAACAGGAUUUCGCCAUGUUGGCCAGGCUAGUCUUGAACACCUGGGCUCAACUGAUCCACCUGCCUCGGCCUCCCAAAGUGCUGGGAUUACAGGUGUGAGCCACCGUGCCCAACCAGGUUUUAAUUUAAGUUAAACUUGGGAUAGGUUGUAUAAUAUAUAGUUUAAUGUAAUCAUGCUCAUAUUUUUUAAAUAAACAAAACACUUUAUACUACUA